UGAAAGACUGAAAAAAACUACUUUGGCUGAGCGGAAGAGGGAGAGACGAAAAUAACAUAUAUUUUGUCCUUUUUCCUGGGGACUAUUGUAUCCACACAAUAGUUUUCAUGUCCAGAGGCAAAGUUCGGUCGGUGACAGAGGUGUGCGCUGAUUGUAGCGCCUCUGAUCCGACAUGGGCCUCCAUCAACCGUGGUAUAUUUAUUUGUGAUGAGUGCUGCAGUGUUCACAGGUCCCUCGGGCGUCACAUAUCACAGGUCAAGUCCCUCACCAAGGGGCAAUGGAGCACAACCCUCCUGGCUAUGGUGCAGCACCUGGCCAGCCACGGAGCCAACAGUAUCUGGGAACAUUCAUUACUUGAUCCCUCACAGAGUAAACAUGGAAAGAAAAAACCAACACCUCGCGAUCAAGUACAUCCAAUAAAAGCUGAAUUCAUCCGAUCAAAAUACCAAUUUGUACAGUUCAUCAACAAACAGAAAGAUGGGGAGGUCAACUCUAUCGACGAUCUUAGCAAGCAACUUCACUCAUGUGUACGAACAAACAACCUGGAGACCUGCCUCAGACUUCUGUCAAAAGGAGCCGAUCCCAACUACUUCCACCCCGAGAAGGGAAACUGUCCUCUACAUGUGGCUGCCCAGAGUGGCCAGCCUCUCCAAGGAGAACUACUAGUCAUAUACGGGGCUGACCCUGGGUCGUACGAUGCCAAUGGAAAAACACCUAUAGACCACGCAAGAUCGGAGGGACAUAAAGACUUAGCCGAUAGAUUAAUAGAAUGCCAGUAUGAACUCACUGAUCGUCUCGCCUAUUACCUCUGUAAACGUAAACCAGAUCAUAGAAAUGGUUGUCAUUUCAUCAUCCCAGAAAUGGCUGAUAAUAGUUUAGAUAUGUCAGAAUUAGCCAAACAAGCAAAGAAAAAGUUACAAGCAUUACCCAAUCAUUUGUUUGAAGAGUUAGCGAUGGAUGUGUAUGAUGAAGUAGAUCGCCGAGAAAACGAUGAACAUUGGACAGCAACACACGAAAAUGCUUCAAUAGUCAGUGACCGACAAGGUGUGCCCUUUCUUCCCCUCAAUCCAGAUUUCUCCGCCACCAGGAACCAGGGUCGUCAGAAACUUGCCAGAUUCAACGGAAGAGAAUUUGCUACCUUAGUGAUAGAUAUUUUAAAUGAUGCCAAACGACGACAAACUGGAGUUAUGUCCCCUGUACAGACACCUAAAGAAGGAGGUGCCAGUCCUUUGUCUCAGCGCCGCCCUCCCAAAAUCAACAGUAUCGCCAGCGACGAGGAGCCCAUCUAUGACAUUGUUGCGUCAGACGAGGACUACAGCAGCAUUGACAAUCUGAGCAUCAAGAGUACGGGAAUGCGUGACGACCGCAAGGACUGGGUAGAGGAGGAAAGGGGGUCUAUCCGUACGGUUGACUCGACCCCCAAAUCAAUCAUGGCUACUGCGGAGGUGAGGCGUACUCUACAGCCUCACAAACCUGAACCGAUUGUGGAGGGACCGGUGUCGACAGACGACUUCCUCCAGAUGAAGAAGAAAGCCUCAAAUCUAGAGUCUCAAGUGGGACAACUCACUCGAAACAACAAAGACCUUCAACGUGAACGGGAUGACCUCACGAUCUUGGUACAAAGGUUAACGAGAGAGAUUUCGAUACUGCGGGAUCACACCCAGCAGAUCCAGCAGUCGCUACACAUCAUACCCAAUGGAUACGACGGGCAGGCCAAACAAGGUCAGGACCGAUACCAGUCCACCGUACAGGGUCAGUAUGACUCUGGGGGCUCAGGAGGCGAAGACCCGUUUGACUGUGGACCGUCUGAAAGGUGUGAAGGGUACGAUCCAGGAGGCCAUGACCGCCCUGAAAGUGUAGAGGAGAGUCCCCGCUCCAGCACUCGGCCUCAGUCCAUGUUUGAACCACGGGACCAACAGCGUCUCUCACAGAAGAGUCAAUCCAAGGAUUCAUUACAGUCAGCGCAGUCUCUGGCUAACAUACACGUACAGGAGGAAGUUCAGGUGGUGGCGUCUGACUCGUCAGAAGAACUACAGAAACCUGUAGGGCCAGACCUGUCUCACUACGACUGUCCAAGCUCUCUACCCCUAGAACCAAGUGCAAUAAACCACAGUCAAGAGCCAACGCUGGAUGCCAAUGCUAACCAGGAGUGUGAACAGGGAGCGACCAGCCACGAUGGAUGUGUGGAGGAAGACGAGCUUCCAACACAGGAGGAGGUCAUGAAGAAAACAGAGAGGAUCACCAAAAACAUCCAGGAGCUCUACCUCUCAGGGCAGGAGGGCAAACAUGACAGCUUCGGACCAUGUGCCGACAGAAUCCAUUCAGCAGUAUUAGAUAUGGCCUCCUUGUUUCCACAGAGACCACAAUCAGAGAGUGUAAAGUGUGCACUGCACAUGUUGACCACAAGUGCGCGGCGAUUACGAGAGGAAUGCCUGAAUGGACAUCCAGGGGACAUGGACCCGGAGCUGGAGAUCCCACUUAAAACACAGCAGGUGAUGCAGUGUGCAUUCGACAUCGCCCGUGCAGCCAAACAGCUAGUGACUCUGUUCCAGUGACAUGUGCUAGGCAUGGUGUAUAUUGCUGUCUGCUCCCGCUCUACUCUCUAACUCAAUAGUCAUACUCUCUAACCUGUGUUUACAUCGAACUAUCCAUGACGGAAUCUCAGGGCCAGUCGGGGCUCACUUCUAGGAAAUUUCAUCGUACACGUAAGGUCCAAGGAAUCACAACAGUUCAUAGGCCUGGAAAUAUGUGUGAAGAAGAAGGCUGUGGGUAUAACAUUUACACCACUACAUCAAAAGAGAAAUCUAUCUUAGAAUUUGGCAUUUAACAGCUGUCUAAAGGGAGAACUUUUAAAAUAUUUUGGCUUCCUGAAUGUCAAUUAUCACAGGGGAAAGCAAACGCCUCUGUUAUGUUUAAAAGUUUCCUAGAAUUAUCGUGCAAUCAAGCCCUAUACUUGAGGGUAUACUAAGGUUGUGUAGUGAGUACAAAAGAGAGGCUAGGUAUAUACCUGGUGAUGUGUGGUACAGUGUUCUUAUAUGUAAAGAGCUCUGUUACCUAACUCAAAUGUACAAAACAAUUUCUUCAACAUUUUAAGAUGUCUUAAAUUACAUAUCUUUUUUGUCCUUCUCUUCAGAACUACUUCCACAGUAUUCAAAUCCCAAAUAAUUUUACUUUAGUGAUAAAUCUCAAUAUUUUUGGAAGUAUUCUUUAUGGAAGAUUUUUCGCUUCAGCUUUCUUUGAUCCAGCUGCAGGUCAUUGCACUAACCAGGUUUUUGAAAACUUGAGGUAUGAAAGAUAUUAAUUUUUUAAUAAGAUCAGUAGGAAAUUGUUCUGUUUCAGAUCAGUAGACAUGUGUUUGAAUACUCUGUGUCUUCUGUUUGUGACAGAACCUCAUUUUAAUGUCAAUUCAAUUUUAGACACAUUAUGUUAUAAUAAAAGGGCUUCUGAGAAAUGAUCAAGGGAGAUAACUUAUGGAGAACCAGUAGAAACUGGAUCUCUUUUAUGUUUGAAGUUUUACUUAAUACCUGCCUAACCUAGUCAUUUGCAAAUAUUUAUACCAACUGUUUAUUUAUUAUAAUUUGUCACACUGAAGUCUGGUAAAACUUUUUCAGGACUUCAAAAUCAUUAAUUUAUGUGUCUGGGUUUCUACAUGAUAACCCUAUACACAAGAGCUAGGUUUAGACUUUAACUGUCAGAAAUGAUAGUGUAGGAACAUUCUAUUGUUUUUAAUACAUAUUCUUGGGUCAAAUUCUAGUAGUCCAAAGCAUUAUUUGAAUUACCUAUAAAGCUAUACAAAAUUUAGGUAAUUUAUAUUGACUUGAGGCAAAGUUUUAGAAAUUAAUUUGUUAAUUAGUAGCCUAGUGACAAUUGUCACAGGGUUAUUUAUGGUCUUGUCUAGAAUUCAUAGUCCCAACUUCAUAUUUCAUAGCAAAUGUUGAAAUCUUUAAAAAAAAAAUCAAAAUGUCAUAUUUAAACAAACCAUAUGUAUUUCCCCAUCAUAGAUAUACAUCAGACUUUAGUUUAGAUGUGUAUUACAUGUUAACAUUCAACCACCAUCGUGUAUAUAAUCAUACAAUUCAUCGUAAUCACUGUUCUCAUAGAUCAGAUUUCAUUGUAUCACAUCAUGUUACACUAGACUAAUGAUAACAGAUAAAAUACACCUGAUCCAGUAGCUAGUCUGUCCUGCUGUCUGUACAUCUUUGACUGUCCCAAGCCUGCUGUUAAUACAUUGGUUGUCUUGCUGUCCAUACAUAUUUUGUCUGUCCUUCUGUCCGUUAUUCAUAUAUCUGUCCUGCUGUCCACACAUUUUUCAGUCUGUCCCUCUAUCUAUACAUGUUUCGGUCUGUCUGUUAGCCUAUUGAUCUGUCCACUUGUCUAAUUGUUCAUUCCUCUAUCAAUCGGGUCAUCAAUAUAAACAGCUGUGGAUCCAUUACAAUUUGAUUCAGUCAAUAUGAAGUGUUGAUUCAUGCUUUUUUCAUUUUAAGAUAUUAAAUUAUUGGAUGUUUGAAUGGUGAUUAUGUAAAACUACAAAUUAUUUGACAUAUGCAAAAUCUUGUAAUUCGUUCUGACUAUUAUAAUAGUGGUUUGUUGUGUAUUCGUUGUUUUUACAAGUUCUCAAGUAUGUUUUGCUAUGAUUUUAUGUAUUAAGUAAGCCAAAGACUUGAUUUUAUCCUAUCUGCCCUAUUGUGUAUAUGCUCAAGUGUGGCCUAUGUAACGGACUGACAGAGAGAUUCUCUCUACACGAGGAAAGCAAGCAUGUGCAUGUGUCUUGAGUGAUAUAUUGUCAUUGAUCAUACUCAUUUAAUAUAAUUGCAAUAUAUGUGAAUAACAUUUGUAUCUAGCGUGUCAAGUAUUUCAAUAUCGUUAGUGUAAAUAACUAGUGUUGAUUAGUCAUUCUACCGUGUUAGAUAUCAUUGCGUACCUAGUGAGGAGCAGGGCGUGCCUGUGUAUCGACGUUUUAUCAUAAUCUGUACAUAGUUGUGUAUAACAUGGUGCUUUUAUAACCAACAACACAUAGCACUAGAUGUUGUGUAUGUGACUAUUACACACAGGGACUUGUAACCUGGAACCAGAAAAAUAAAUUACACUUUAGACGGGUCUUGUGUAUAGAUAUGGGAAAUCUGAUGUAAUUGCUUUUAGGAUGUAAACCUCUGUGGAGUUAUCGGUACACACAGGAGCUUGUGAUCUGGAACUAGAAAAUAAUUACACUUUAGACGGGUCUUGUAUAUAUACAGAUAUGGAAAAUCGGAUACAAUUAGUUUCAGGAUGUAAACCCCUGUGGAACUACCAGUACACACAGGGAAUAUAUAUAAUGUAGCAUGAAACCAGAGAUUGAUAAUGCUUCAUUGGGAAAUGUAAUACAAAUGUAUUCAAGUUACAAAUCACUGUAACUACACACAGGGGCUUGCAACAUGAAACCAAAAGAUAUUAAGUACGCUUCAAGAGACGGGUAUUGUAUAUGUGUAUGGAAAAUUUCAUAGAGGUGUUUUCAGGCUGUAAGUCCCUGUAGAGCUACACAUGUACACAGGAGCUUGUAGCAUGGAACCAUGAAAUAUUACAUUUGGGCCAGGCCAUUUAUAUGCAAGAUCUAUACUAGUACACUACAAGUGUAAAACUAAGGACUGUACACUCAGGUUACAAACCCCUGUGGCAUUACUUAGCAGUAUAUCUAGAUACUGUAGAUGGGAGUUUAAAUUUAGCUUUGCCAAUUUGGCCGAGCUGUAGUUUCAUGUUUUAUACCAUGCAUUGUUCAUCAUUUAUAACAAAUGUGUGUGAAUUUUAAACUGUUUCAUUCUUGCUUCCCUCUUUCGUUCUACCUGUGGUGUAAGUAACAGUUUGUGAGACCUUGCUUAGUAGAUCAGUUGUAACAAGUGUUUUCUCCUGUAACAACAUGUACACUAUCUUUCUCUCCACUGGAGCUGGGAAAUACUGUAUACCAGGAAAUUUGUGCCACAGUUCAACCUUCGCCAUUUUAGCCCUCCAUAGUGAGGGCAAAAUAUCACGACAGUGAUAAUAAGUACACAACAUAGUAAAAAACAUGUGAAGGGCGAAAUUAACACUUCACGAAAAACGGAUCUUCAAGGUUAGGGUGAAAAAUUUGACUGGGCAAAACUUUCCUGGCAUACAGAAUUUUGUGUAACCCACAUGUGAGUAUCAAUCUUGACAUCAUUUCAUUGGUCAGUCUCUUAAUGAUGAUGUCGUUUGAUCAGAUGCUUUGAAUCAGCAUCUUUCUUUGUGAUGUUGUGACUCAUUACCAUAGCAACUGUUUCCCGGAUUGGAAAUGGGAUCAUGUAUUCACAAGAGAUGGUUUUCCAGAUAUAUCAGUGUUAUGGGAGAAAAAAAGUCCUCAAACUCAUACAGAUUGGUUUUCAUGUUACCAAAUUAACAUUAGUUAAUUUUCAAAUUCUAUUCAGACUGUCUUUAUAAAGUUUGAAAACAAACUAACUUGAGGUCGAUACACAUGAUAUCUAACCAACACUCAUUGGGAAACCUAUAUAUCACUCAUUCUACAGCCAGAUUGGAGAAUAUACACAUGAUUAUAUCUCAAGUUCUCAAUAUCUCCUGUGAUCACCAUUGCACAAGGCCACCUAAAUCGUAUUUACAAUUCAUAAUUUUAUCUGAAGUAGCAAUAUAUCUGUACUAGUUCAAUGUGUCGGGUCUCACUGGAUUUUGUUGCGUUAGAAUUGGAGAGGGAAGCAAUAAUGCUUUUAUGCUCAAUGCCUUUGAUAUUGCCUUAGAUUAUGUUCCUUUUCCAUCCACACUUAGAGCUAUGGUAGGCCGAGGUCAACGGAAGACAUAGCUGUAGACUAGGGGACAUAGUGUUUGCUGUCCCCCUCGUUUUGGGCUCUGUAGUCCUUCAUUGAUCUAUUUAACAAUCCUAGAACAAACAAUCAGUUGAUGCACAUGACAUUAGUCCCUUCAAUCACCCUGUCAUUCUGCUUGAAAAAGUGUCAUGUAAUUAUAGCUAUUGGGAAAUGUUAACAUUUCAUUGGUCCCCCAGAUAAACCAAUCAGAUACUUGAGAGAAAUUAGCUGUGAAACUCUGUUGAAAGUUGCUGAUUUCCAAUGGCUCCUCACAUAACCAGAGGGUGCACUUGUCCUGAAGGGUCCCAAAGGUACCGUAAAUCUAUAACAGUGUACUUAUAUAUCACAAGACACUGCAUACAGCUUAGAUUCCAUUGUUAACUUUUCACUUCCGUGAAGAAAAUUACUUCUAAAUGCAUUUUGAAGAUUUCCAGGUAUGAAGUAUUUCUUGACUAGAAAUAACACAGCUUCAGAUUCACAGUACCAGAAAUAACACAGCUUCAGAUUCACAGUGCCAGAAAUAAUAACACUGCUUUGAAAACUACCCUCAAUACAGUAUAUAGAGGAUAUUUAAUGAUUUCCCGUUGAAUAACAUAUCUAUUUCAAAAGUAUGGCAGAAAACGGAUAUUUUUUACGAGUGCAAAGGAGCAUUCCCCCCCCCCCCAGAUUAUGUUAUUUCCAGUUAAAGAAAGUAUUAACCCUUUCACCCCUAGGUAACUUAAGUAGACUCUACCAUACAUUUAUCUGGAUGAGUCCAUUGUGGUCCACAUACAGUGGUGAAAGUAUUAACCUAUACAUCUACAAUUUAUUGAUUUGGUCAUUGUGAUAGCUGACCCUUUCACUGUUGAUCACUUCAUGUUCGCAUGUACUUUUGUCACAAACGCUGCCUCUAGUGGGUCUUUUUUUACGAAUACUUUAAUUGAAAAUUGAGAGGAUGCUAUACUAUUUCACUAUUGACAAAAAUUAUCCAUGGAAUUAAUUUAAUAGCUGAAAGUUUAAAUUUGCAAAUUAGUCUCCUCACAUUAAUUUAUGGCCAUCAUUAAUUAAUGCAAAAAUGCAAUUCAGCAUAUGUAUGCAAGUGUGGCAUCAUGUAGAUAAAUCAAUUUAAAUUAUUCCUACUUAACUUUUUCAAAUUGAAGUUCUAUUUUUUUGUAUAGUGAUAAAAUUAAAAACAUGUCUGGUACUUAUUUCUUGAUAGGGAAAUAGACAACAAAGAUCAUUUAUGAUGGAAUGCAGGAUAAACAAAACCGAGGUGGAAUAAUACUAUCAUAUAAAUAUUUGUACAGCAUUUGUUUUCCUUAUAUUUUAUAAUAUGGAUUCUUUGACAAAUUGUUUGGGGGGGAUACUUUGCAAUAAUAUUCAUUUUUUAGAAUUCGGGUGUCCAGUGCUGUCUUGCGUGAUUUUUUAUGGGCAGUGGCAAUAUAUUUGAUUGAAUUGCAAAUGCUUCUAGUUUUUUGUUUUCAAAUCGAGUGAACAUCCUUGUCGUGAAGUCGAGUGGUACUGGUUUAGAUUGAUCGUAUGUCGAACACUACGACUUUGUAGGUAUAAAUUACGCUACAGAUUGUAAACUGCGUGAUAUAUAGUGACCACUGUAAUUACCUGUAAUGUAUUCAAACAUUAAACUGUAGUACAUGUAGUGUACGAAAUGUAUUGUAUCAUACCUUAUACUGUCGCUGUAUUUACAUCUUACACUAGAGAUAUAUACAAUGUUGUAUCACUAUGUAAAGAUAUCUAUUUCGUUGGUUCAGAUUUUUAUCGAGUUUGAAAAUUCCAUGAAAUUUCAUGUUUUUUACAAAUUUGUUUAGCUCAACUAGAACUAGUCUUAACAUUUCGAACUUCAUGCUGAUUUUUUUUUAAAUUGAUUCAAUAAAUUUCCUUGGAUAUUGAAAGGAAAUUACAGUUUUCUAGCCCUGAUGGCUUCCUGUCUUCACCCUAGCUCUCUGCCAUUGAAAACAACAGGUUCUUUGUACACAAAAACGUAGUACGUGUAUUUACAGUAAGCAUUAUAAUGAUUUUACAAUAUUUUGCAUGCUGGUUAUGCUUCAAAAUAUAAAGAUUUUAGAAGUUAUGAUGUUUCUUCUUCUAUUUCAUGAAUUUGUCCUAUACCAUUUAUACAACACAUGUAAACUGGCUCUCCUAUCUUGGAAGUUGACUAUUUUGGCUUGCGAAAGUUUUGCUCAUGAAAAUUUGCCCAAUGUUUGAUUCACUCUUUUAAUAGACACAAAACUGACUUCAAAUAUCAUACAGGUUUUGAAAUAUGUAGAUGCCAAGUUUAUCAAAUAAUUUGUCCUCUGCAAGGCAAAAAGAAAAAGAAAAAAGAAUAAACAGACUGAGGGGAAAAAAAUGCUAAACAGUUGUGAACCUACAUCUAUUUUUGAGGGAUAACUUUACAAAUCUGAGGUGAAUAUUUAAUUAAUCUUGUGUUGAUUUUUUAUUUUUUUUUAAACUAAUUAAAUUUCACCAAAGUAAGAGCAAGGUUGUGUUACUGUGACAGAAGUAGUUGGUUGUAUUUAAAAUACAUAUACAGUAUACUCUAUUUAUAUAUGACAAUACCAAGACUAAUUUGGUGUAUAGGUAGUAAUUAUAACAAUCAGGAAAGAAAUCCACGGACAAAACUUUUGAUAAAAAUAGUGAACAAUAUUACUUUAUUACUUUAUCAUUUGGUCUAUUAAAUUGUUUUAGAAGUACAUUGAAUAUACAAUUUCCUGUCAUUCAGCUAGAUUUAUAACAGUCAAAUGUUUGAACUACAUUUUGAUUUGAUCAAAAACAUACUCACAACCACAAGAGGUUCAUUACAGGUGGUAGAAACUUUUUAGCAUAUAUUUUUACCAUUGAGGUGAGUAUGCUAUGCAAAUCAUGUAUUCGGUUUAAUUUGUAUUUAAAGAUAGCUUCCAGGCCUAUUGGCAAUUCCUUGAAAAUAAUUUGUUUAAUGUAUUUAAAUAAUUAUGAAUAUUAACACAAAACAAUAGCGUAACAGACUUAGUACAAUUCACUAUAACCAUUCAUGUUUUGAUGAGGUCUAAGAGAUGACAUCAGGUUGGAGACUUUGGUAAAAGGAAACACUCCUUAUAGUCCUGCAUGCAUAUUAUAGUAUAUCUUUAGCCAGUUAGGGAAUUGCUCAUGUGCCAUCGCUAUUUGUUCAUUGUAGAUUUUUAUCUGUAACCCAUUAAUUAUCAUAUGUAUUGUUUUACCAUAACUACCCAGCCACGACUAUUAUACUACUCCCAUAAGUAAUGGUUGAUAUAACUGACAUUGUCUUAUUUUGUACAAUAAAACAAGAAUGCUCAUAAAC